AAUUGGUUUGCCUUGAGCUACACAACCUUGACGUGAAGGUGCAGUCGUAUCCUUCUGGAUGGCAAAUAGCAAGCAGACUGGUAUCGGUGAUGGUAUCGUUGAUUGUGUCGUUAUAAAUAAAACUGUACAACACAUACUGCCGGAAAUUAUAUCGUCAAUUACAAAUGAGAUCAAAGUAUUUAGUCAUUACCUGAAAGACUUAUCUGGUGACCGUGUGGUUGCUACUUGCCUGGAUCGGCAAAUACGCAGACCUUUCUUGAAGCUUUCUGAUGGAGAGUCACCUCCCUGUAACGCAGAUACAGUUGUCAGAACUCAAAGAAAAGAAUGGAACUUAAGUGAUAUACGAGCUAUAUGCGGAAAAAAGUGGUUGAAAAAGGAGCUAGAAUGUUUGAUCAAAGCAGUUUGUACUUGUGCUCGAAAUCGUCAAAUCCAAGCUUUAGAAGAAAAAGAACGCACUUUACUAAACAAGAUUUUGAAAUCCAAAAGUCAAUCACAAUCAGAAAAAACUUGUGCAGAAGAUUCAUGUUCAUCUGCAGAAUCAUGCAACUCAGAGUUACAGGUUUGUCAAUCGAAACUCAGUCAAAUACACCAUAUGUCUGCAACACCUCCAAAAGCCUUAGUUUUAAAAAUAGCCAACAAGGUAUUAACUGAAUCUGAUGAAUGUGCAUCUGGAGAUAUUUUACGAAGCAAAAGAGUGUAUAAUUUUCAUGCAGAUAGUUUCCAAGGACAGUCUUCUAAAAAUUGGUGUGAUUUGCUUUCAUCAGCUGAUAGUAUUAUUCCACUAUCUGACUGGAGUGAGAUAUCAAAUCUGGAGGGUAAAACUUCUGUAAGUGAUGUGAAUGCUCGACUAUUAUGGAUUCACCGUUUACAACCUAAUAUCAAUCGUUCAAAAUGGUCGGAUGAAGAAGACAAAAGAUUGACUGAGCUUGUACAAGAGUAUGGUGAAUAUGGUCGUUGGGAUGAGAUAUGCAAAGCUUUAAAUACCAAACGUACAACAUUUGCAUGCAUUCAACGUUGGCAGACUGUACUAAAUCCUAAUUUUAUUCUGUACCGCCCAUGGUCCACUUCAGAAGAUACUGCACUGAUGGAUAUCUUGAAAAAUCUGCUUAAUUCUUAUUCCCCUGGUUUAAUGGAUUGGGAUAUUGUUUCUGCUUAUCAUCCAACUCGAUCAGCUUACGAAUGUCGUUCAAGAGCGCCUGAGAUUUGCUCAGCGUUUAAGAAUAUUGUUCCUAAGCUACGAGGUGUUGUGGAAAGAGAUGUCUCUGUUAACUCAGAAAUCAAAAAUCAAGUUUACAUUUCAUCUGGUCCAUUUUCCCUUGAAGAAGAUUUACAACUUUUGAUGGCUGUUCAACGGUAUGGAACUGCUGGUGGACGUAUUGGACAUGGUGGAGGUACUGGAGUAGGCUCUUGGGCUCUGGUUACUACUGCCCUACCAGGUCGAAGUGCAUCAUCUUGCAGAAAAAGAUACCUAGAACUGUGUGAACAAUUUCAGCCCUGGACAUGUUAUGAAGACCAUAAAUUAUAUAAUCUUGUUCUUAAUUACGGACCAUAUGUCCCUAUAGGAUUGUGGAACACAUGUCCAAGCCUGCAAAUCUUCAACAAUAUCAUGCCCUAUUUUCCUGGUCGUUCUGCUUGGGCACUUCAAUCACGGUUUAGAACAUUAAGAAAAUGGGCUAAAUUAUGGAAUGAUCUACGCAACCGCAUUCCUGCAAUGCCACAGGAUUCAACUGGUUGUAAUUCAUCAUCUUUAUCAUCACCAUCACAAGAAAGUAUUCUAAUCUAUUCACCAUUGGCUAAACAUUUUGUUAGUCAGUUAAGAAAUGCUGGUGUACCAGAUCCAGAAACUGAAGCGUAUAGAACGUUAACUUCUUGGAAGAAAACAAAAUUGCCUGUCAAAUCGAAUUACACUUGGUUAAAAAGUGAUUGGAAGCCUAAUCAAAUAGAUCAAGAUUUUAUGCAACUAUUGAGUGAAUUAGCCUCUGGUGUUUUAAUUCAACAACAUUUACAGCCUAAUGAUAUCUUUAAUACUACAGAUAUUGUUACUUCAAGUCAAUUGAAUGACGCGUAUGGAUUAGAAGAGGACACGACUUCUACUACUACUGCUACUACGACUACGACUAAUGCUGUCACCACUGCUCCCAGUAGUAGUGGUAAUAUUAAUAAUAAUAAUAAUGACAAUAGUGAAAUAUCAAAUCUAGAGAAAAUCGCUGAAAUUUCCAAUCAAGAUUUAUUUGGACGUCUUCCAGGCCCACAAUCUAAAUGGAUGAUAUAUCAAACUCAGGUGAAACAUGUUUUAGUUGGUCCAAUACGUAGGCAACUUUAUAUAUUAGCUGGUGUUCCUAUCCCCUCGUCAUUGGCCCCUUCAUCAUCAUUAUCUGUAUCUCUUCGUCCUUCCUCAGUUUAUUCUCAACCAAGAACAAUUAACAAACGUAAAGAUAGUCGAGCAUUGCUAUUAUUACGUAAGGAGCAUUUAUUUUGGAUGACGUUCGAUCGGGCAAUGUGUGAUCCAAAGGUUAAAUUAUACUUACGACGAAUCACGAAAAUAUCAAUGUUACGAAAUGUAGGCCCUCUUAUUGCUCGUAUAAUGGUGUCGCAUCUUGGUCAAAAACCUAUUGCUUAUAGGACUCAUGAACGUCUAAAAAAAUUCAGAUAUCGCUCUCGAACUUUACGAGCGCGAAAAAGUACACGAUGUAAAAGAGCAUUAAGAAAAACUACACUAGAGAAACAUGGUAUUUCAUCAUCGAGAACUGUAAAUCACUCUAAUAAUAAUUCUUAUUCUUCUCCUUCUACUACUCAGUUGUCAGUUGAGAAAGAUAAUUCAUUACCUGCAAACAGUAAAAAUAACUCCCGACGAAAAUCUACACGUAAUACCACUUCUUCAGUGAAUAAAACAGCUUGCAAUAGUAAGAGUACUACGACAAGAACAACUGCUACUGCUAGUGUAACUGCCUCUACUUCAACUGAGAAUAAUGAUUCUUUAGAAGUAACAACAGAAAGAUGUCGAGCGUUACUGCGAAUUCGAAAUCUUUUAAAGUUAUAUGGAGAAAGAAGAAAGGAUUCUGCAAAUCUCUAUUCUUUAAAUACAAGUGCUUGGUAUCAAAGAGAAAAAGCAACAACUGGGCGCGCUUGUGCACAAAGGAAGUAUAUGCCACUUGUUUUUCGUAAUUUGCCGCAAAAAGUAUGUACUCUUCUGUAUAGUAAAUCUGUGGAGGAAAAAUCACGUGAACUGGCAUUGUCACAGUCAUGUUAUGUGGAUACAUUAGAUGUAGAUAAAAAUGGAGUAGAAGUAUCACCUCGUACUCGUAGAACUACUACUACUACUACCAAUGAUUCUUCAGUCUUGCCUACAUUAUCAGAUAUCGUUGGAACCCAGUUUUCACGGGUGUGUAAACCAGACAUUAUCCCACCAAAUUAUGCUACUUUCUUAGGUUUCAAGAGUGUUUUAAUGCAUUUAUCUACUUUGUUAACAAAGGAGAGAAGUCGAUUUUCACAAUUUGUUGAAUUCAGAAAUCUGCUAAACAUGUCUCCUGGUAAUACUAACACGAAUGAAGAAACUAAAAAAAAAAUUAGAAAUAAAAAGCCAGUGGAAAAUCUUGGUCGUCCUCUAUUUGCUGUGUCAGAUGUCCUUCUUUCAGAAAGAUAUACAAAUUUUAUUAACAGAUCACUGUGUAUGUUUAUAUUGCCUGCAAUAUUAUCACAAAUCCCAGCUGAAGAAUUAAUGGACAGCGCUAAACAUUAUUGGGAAGAAGCUUAUGAAUAUGCAAUAAGUCAUUGUUCUGAGUCCACAACGGAGGUUACAGAGCAGAAUGCAAAGUCUAAUGAUGCUGGCGGUGAUGAUAAUGAUGUCGACAUCAAUAAUGAUAAUAAUAAUAAUAAUGAUGAUGAUGAUGAUUAUGUUCCUGUAACCAGAAAUAAACGAAAACCCAAGGGAAGGGAUUAUCCAGUUACAAUAGCAUAUAAAAGAUUAAGAGGAGAUUACAGUUACUCAGCAUUACGUGAUGUCGUUGAAUCUAAAGUGAACUCGGCUAAGCGGACCAAUUCUACAACAACCUUUACAAUUGUUAAUCCAGAUGGUGUAUCUAUACCGUUAACAUUACCGAAUAAAAUCAGAAUUUUACAUGCUUGUGGUUUUCAAGCUGAUUCAUUUUUAAACCUCAAGAAGUAGAAUAAUUAUGUAGUUUUUCAUGCAGAUUAUGAAUUAUGUUACUUUAUUUUUAAAUAUAAAAAUUGUGAAUUUUUACUUCA